UCAAUUACUUACUACCUUUUUCUUCGUACAAGUAUCGUCCGUAAUUGAUACCUCAAACUUAGAAAAACAAGGAGCAUGGAUACGGGCGCCGCAUUGCGUGUCUCACGCGUACUUCUCACUGGACCCCCUGGUAUAGGAAAAACCACGAUAUGCGAGAAACUAGUUUCAAUGAUGAAACAGCAGAAUUAUAAGUUCGAUGGAUUUUAUACUAAAGAAGUUCGAGGUCCAAAUGGUAACAGGAUUGGAUUUGAUGUUGUUUUGGUAAAGAAUGAUAAGAAAUCAACAUUAGCACGAGUUGAAAAGGUAAUAAACCAGUCGCAACACUCCAAAUAUAAAGUGGGAAACUAUCAUGUGUUCCUACAUGAUUUUGAAGCAGCAGCAUUACCUGUCUUUGACUCGAAUACAGACAUAUUAAUUAUAGAUGAAAUUGGAAAAAUGGAAUUAUUUAGUCAAAAAUUUCGCAACGAGGUAGUGAAAUCAUUUUUUGAAACUUCAAACAGACUUUUCAUAAUCGCAACGAUACCUCAAAUGCACAAGAUACCGCAACAACAUUCAUCUCUGUUCCAAAAAUUUCGUACAGACGAAAAAUGUAAGAUUAUAACUGUGAAUCACCAGAAUCGAAAUAAUUUGCCAGAAGAAAUUUUUUCAUUAAUUUUAUAAGGUACAAUCUUUCCUUUUUUUUCUUUUCUUUUUUGAAGAAAAAACAAUAUCGAUUUUAAAUACAUUAUAAACAUCGUUUAUUAUUAACAAAAAAACAAAAUGUUAGAUUAAAGAAAUCCUUCCAAUCACGUUAAAUUUAUAAAAAAGUAGUCAUCACAAAUAACGUGACAAAUAGUGACUGGCUGGAAAAUUGUACUACAUAUUCAUGCUAAAUCGCAUAUGUAUUAGAUAUUUUCAUAAUAAUAAUUAUUAUUUCGCAGAAACCACCAUUAUUCGUUAAAGAACAAAUUAAAAGAAUAAUAGGUGUGUUCAUUACAUGUUCAGCACCUUCUGCAAAUAUUAGAAUAUAAGUUAAUCUGUUACGAGAUCUUUGAGAUCAUUUAUUCAGCUUGUGCGUGAACAUUAAUAUCUUUAAUGAACAAGGUGGUUUAAUUGAGGGUACAAAAUAGAAAUGUUCUUUUUUUACGUCAGUUCAUUAUAAUAAAACACAAAUUGCUAAUGAGGCAUUGUUCUUAUCAUAGACAAGAAAAUUUGAUAACCUGUUCGCAAGUUGUCAAAACAAGCAAACUUUCUUUUUCAUUUUUGUACCCAUCAAUAUUAUAUCUUCAUUGCAUUUAUUAUGAUACAGAAGAUUUUCAUGUUCCUAGAAAGAAUACAGUACUUUAUUGUUUUGGAGAAGCCUAAGCGUUUCCCAUCUUCUCCAUUUCGGUAUCAAAUAUAUUACGCACACUUUGAUUGGGCUACUCGUA